GUGUGUGUUGCUUGUUUGACAUGUUGUGUUAAACCAAAACUCUCUAAUAUAUUACAGAGCUUUUUAUCCCCUCGGUCUUCAGGUUGUCAACAUGAAUGUUGAAAUCACCGACAAUUAUUAAACAAUCAUAAUCAAUGCAUUUGAGAGAUGGAAGCUCAUGCAAGUCCGUAAAGAAAUUUUCCACAUAUGUUGGAGUUUUGUAGAAAGUUGGUGUCAAAGUUCGUUUGUGGCCUUUUACCUCAAUUCCAAGAUAUUCAAAACACGUAAAAUAACCCAAAGAGAUUUUACUACAAUUUAUGGUAUUCUUAAAUAUUGAAGCCACGCCUCCUCCUAAAAGCUUCAUUUAGUAUUUGCCACAUGCAGCAAUGAAUUCUGGGUUAUUCACUAUGCCAAAGUCUGGAUGCGAUUUAGCAGAGGGGCGGGGCUUAAGCAGGAAGUGGAGGACUGGGACACACUACAACCUCAAACCCUCUAACAGAAAAUCACAUGUGAUCGGCAGGAAGUGUCGAGCCUUCCUGUCUUGAUGCUUCCUGUUACGUGCAGGAUGCCGGCCCUCGAGGACCGACUUUGGACACCCCUGGUUUAAAGUGUUGCUCUGUGUUCCAGGUGUUAUCCUUUCUAUGGAUGAAGUCUCUUCUGGAACUAUUCACAGCUCAGGACCACAGACCCGACCGGAACCAGCAGGCAGGAUGGCGAGUGCCGGCCCGGCCAGGAAGCCGUACCGCAAGGCUCCGCCGCAGCACCGCGAGACGCGCCACGGCCUGACCCCCGCCUCGCCGCCACCCGCCCCGCGGCCCGACUUCAGCCAGGAGGCGCUGUCAGACUCCGACAGGAUCAGAAUCCUCCAGCAGCAGAACGAGGACCUGCGGCACCGCUUGUCACUCUCCACCCACAAGAUGGAGGCCAUGGAGGCGGAGUUUGAGGGCAGCCGUCACUACAUGGAGGCAGAGCUCAGCCGGACCAGAGACGACCUGGACAAGAUGAGGGACAAAUUCCGCAGACUCCAGAACAGCUACACGGCGUCGCAGCGAGCCAAUCAGGACCUGGAGGAGAAGCUGCACGCUCUGGCUGCCGUCAGUCAGACUUGGGUUCAUGCACUACGGAAGGUGGAGAGGGACAAAAAGACGAUGGACCAGGAGAUUGUGGAGCUCACCAACAAACUUCUGGAUGCUAAGAACACCAUCGACCGCCUGGAGGAACUCAACGAGCGCUACAGGCAGGACUGCAACUUGGCCGUUCAGCUGCUCAAAUGCAACAAAUCCCACUUCAGGAACCACAAGUUUGCUGACCUGCCCUCGGAGCUGCAGGAAAUGCUCAACAAGCACAUGAAGUCCAGCCUCCCGGAGCGAAGCCCCGCCCCCGGCGGCCAGGACCCGGACACGCUGAGCCUGACGCACGCCGACGUCGUGCCGACCUCAGUCAUCGCCCGCGUCCUGGAGAAACCCGAGCCGCUGGUUCUGAACUCGGCCCAGUCCAGCAGCUGCGGCCGGCCGGUGGCCGAGGACGUCUUCGUCCACGUGGACAUGACGGACCCGGCCGGCGCCGAGGCCCGGGAGGACGGCGCCGGCCGGGAGGCGCCGCAGCACAACGGCUCCUGCCGCAGCCAGAGCAGCCUGGACGAGGAGGCGGGCGCGGCGCCGGCCUUCGAGAAGCUCAACCCGUACCCGGCGCCGCCGCCGCCGCCUCACCCGCUCUAUCCGGGCCGCAAGGUCAUCGAGUUCUCGUCCGACGACAAGGUGAAGAUCCCCAAGAACUCGCCGCUGCCCAACUGCACCUACGCCACGAGGCAGGCCAUCUCCCUCAGCCUCGUCCAGAACGACGACGAGCGGGUCGGCCCCGGAAGCCCCGCCCCUUCCUCCUCCUCCGGGGGCGGAGCCAACCAGCACACGCCGCCGUCACAGCGAGACGCCGCCAGCGAGCUGCUCUCCGCCCAGUCCAGCCCCUUCAGCAGCCCGCCACAGGCGCCGAGCGUCCCGGCCAGCUCCGCCAGCUCCGAGGAGGAUCUGCUCGCCAACUGGCAGCGGAUGUUUGUGGAGAAGAUGGCGCCCUCUAGCGAGGGCUCCGUGAUGCACCGCACGUCGUUCUGCAGCCAGACGGCGCAGGAGCUGCAGAGGCGGCACCAGGCGGCGGGGGGCGUGGCCGGCUCGGAGCGCCACAGGGCGGCGUACUCAGACGGAGAGGAAGGCUCGUCGGCCCGCAGCUGGACGCCGAGCCGCGGCUCCAGUCUGGACACGGACACCGACACGGAACCGCAGCCCGGCAGGAGGCGCUACGGCGGCGGGAACGGCCCCGAGGAGGCGGAGCUGCUGAUGGACCUGGAGGACGAAACCGGCAGCGCGGACACCGCCGUCACCUUGACGACCGCAGACGCCCACGGGAAGACGGAGGAAGACGACAGCUCGGCCGAAGAGAGAGACAUUCUUCCACGCGAGCUGCCCGCCAUCUCGCCCCGCCUCCUGGAGUUCGAUCCCGCCUCCGGCCCGCAGCGGCCAAUGAGGAGCCCCAAGAGGAUGGGCGUGCACCACCUGCACCGCAAGGACAGCCUGACCCGGGCCCAGGAGCAAGGCACGCUGCUGGACUGACCGUUGCACCGGAAACCCGGCCGCAGGCCACGCCCAGGAAAUAGCCAUACCUGACGUACGCUGCCGAGCGCGCCGCCUGGCGUCCAUCAGCUGAUCCAUUCCACUUCCUGUUUACACAAACAGACAGGAUCCAGAAAAACCGGCCAUCCUUUAAUUUGACCCCUGGGGGUCGGCGACCCGGAGCCGCUCCACAAGGUGACCCCCUGGUUGUUUUUACUUCCUGUUUGGUGAUGCGAUGUCACCAUCAGGAAACCGUCAUCAGUGUUAGGUGAACUUUGACCUUAGGGCCAGCCUGUCCCGAUUCCUAAUUAUCGGACCGGUUCUGGAUCGAUGUCGGAGACCCAGAAAUGUCUCGUUUCCCAAACAGAUGCUUUUAUUUUGAAAGAACGAAUUGGACACACUCGGACUCUCAGUGCCUCCAUAACUUCCUGUCCCAGAGGUUGUGAGUUUGACACUGGGCUCAAGUUAAAGGCUUUUAUUUUGACAUCUGUAGCUGCUGGUUUCCUGUCACGUGUCCAGGCUGGUGUUUGGCCCCGCCCCCUUCACCCUACACACUGACUGUCUCACGGGGGGCGGGGCAGUGGGCGGAGCUCCAGCUCAACUGGAAUGUGACAUCACCAUUUUGUUUAUGAAACCUGACGUUCUGAUUGGUCACCACUGAGUUUGAUUUGAUUAUGAUUCUACGGCAUCCUGUUAGUGCCAAAACACAACUGGAGCUCCUCCUUGUGGUGACGGGAGGAAGUGCAGCUCUGUUUUUGGCGCCUCAGGGCUUCCAUAGCCGGUCUGAAUGUGGACCUGCCUCCUCACAGCGCCGACUGUGGCUCACCGGACCGACCAGCUGAUCACUGAAUGUUCUGAUGAGCGGUUCUGGCCGGAUCCAUCACUGAAUGUUCUGAUGAGCGGUUCUGGCCGGAUCCAUCACUGAAUGUUCCGUCUCUCACCAGAACUUUUUCUGUCCUGAACGUUCAGAAAUUAUUUUCAUAAAGACUGAAAUCUUUGGUUUAUUUUGAUUCUGGUUGAAUGUUUGCUGUUUCAGUCUGCGGUUCUGGAACAACUCGGCGGCUCUGACCCAGUUCACACUUCAGCUGUUUGGGUCUAGAUCUGAUCAGAACCUCUGUUCGCUCUGAGGGUUCGGGUUCAUCGUCCUGAAGAACUCAGCGACCUGAGAUCCAUUUCCAUCUGAGGACAGCAGAAGGUUAUGAUGCUCAGUUCUGAGGUCCAGUAUGUGUUCUGCUGGGUUCUGGUCCGGUUCCAUCAGGAUUUAUAACCCAGUCACCACCAGAGGUUAUUGGGUUUGAGCCUGGAUAGAACCGGUUCCAGUACCAGAACCAGAGCUGCAACCUGCACCUGGUUUCAGGUUCUGGAUCGGUUCUGGAGGCAAGAACCAGAACCUUUUGACCCAAACAAAACCGAUCCAGACUCCUUCGGGUUCUGCUGCAGAGACAUCGGACCCUCCUCUUCAUCAGCUGCUGUUGAAUUAUUCACUCUUUUCCAUGUGGUUCGGUUCUGCUGGUUCUGAGGUUUCGGGUCAGCUGUGAGCCACCAGGUCACCUGCAGGAGGUUCUGUCCAGUCUGAACCUGAGCUGUUUCUGGGUUAGAACCAGAACCAGCAGAACUUCAACUGCAGGUCCUCACAGAGACACAUAGACCCGUCUGACUGUCUGCUUAAUAUGUCAUGAUCCCCAUGAGGCUCAAAGACGAGAGUGUGUGUGUGUGUGUGUGUGUGUCCUUCCUCCAUCUUUAAUGACUCUUCCUCUUGAACAGAACCAGCCAGGCUCACCUUCAUCACUCCUCCUCUUCAUCUUUACCCCCCUCCAUCUGUUUGACCUCUGACCUUCUGAUUAUGGGCUUUAUUUCUCCUGAUGAUUGUCACUCAGCUUUAAUUAUUCAGCCUGAUGCAGGAUCAGAACCUUCUGGACCACAACCUUUGGUUCUGGAUCGGUUCUGAGAAUGUCAUCAGAUUCACUGACCUCAGCGGAGGACCGAGGUCACAACCCUGAGGAACGCCGACAGGAAUCAGAACCUUCCUGUUCUCCUGAACCAAUAGGUCAAAGAUCUGUUUUAACUUUUUCUCAGAUUAUUACAUAUAUUAACAAUCAGACUGAAAUUCAUCUGAUCGGCACCAGAAAGAUCCGGUUCAGCCACGUAUGAAUCAAUUGACCCGAGUUCCAUCAGAACCACUUCAGUUAGUGAUCCGGGUCGGGAAGUUCUGGUUCUGGGAGUCGGUCUGCAGGUCAGAACUCAGUUUGACUCAUUUUAGUCUCCCUUUGACCUGGUCUCCAUGGAGACCCUUUGACCUGGUCUCCAUGGAGACCCUUUGACCUGGUCUCCAUGGAGAUUCUCCAGAACCAUCAGAACCCGAUACAGACUUGGCAUGAAGUGGGCGGUGCGUUCAGGUGCCAUCGGUGUUUUUCUCCCACUCUGACGCUGAAUGAAGCUCACACGGACCCUCAGAGCCGACUCACCUGGGGUCAGGUGGACCUUGAUCGGGGGGCUUUAGCCCCGCCUCCUCCAGGUGCUGCUCUCACCUGGCCGACCUCAGCGGUUUCUGCUCCAGAGAAAUCUCUGACUGUUAAACUGGUUUUAUUUUCUCAGUUUGAAACGAUGAUGUAUAUUUUAAAACAAAUAAAAUAUUUUAAACGAA